AUGAAUUACAAGCUCUCUAGUCGCUCAACAGCUUCCAAUAUUUCUAAUGCGUCCAACUUCUCCCGCUUGAGCGAUGAUAUGCGUUAUUUUCUUAAAAGGCCAAUCGAUUCUCGAUCCGAUUACAACCCUCCAGAGAUGACAAUUAAAAGUACAUCCAGAUCGACAAAUGCCCAUUUACAUCAGCCAAAUAAAAACGUUAUUACACAGGAAUGGGAAAAAAGAUUCGCAAAAAUGAAAUUCAAAAGAUUUCAGCAGCAAACACGUGUUGUUGAGCCAUAUCUUUUACUAACAGCUACUGAUAAGGCAUCUGAUCCUCUCCAUCGUCUAUCUGUAGAAGAAAUUGCAGAUAUUCGAAGUAAAAACCAAAGCCAGAUGAAAGAUGUCGACACUUCACGCCUUCCUCAACUUAGAAAGAUAGGAGCACCAUUAAGAGGAAAUACAAUUCGACGAAAUAUGUUCUUUUGUUAG